GGUUGAAAUUGACAUUUUGUUGAUAUAGGGAAAGGCAAAAGCAGCAGGAUUAUCAUGGAUGUUGUAGACGACAGUAGCUAAAAUGAGCAUUGAUUCACAGGAGCGAGGUCCUCCCAUCACCAUCAAUGAACUGGUGCAGCUGGCCCACAUAGGGAUCCCCCCGGAGCAGGUAACAUGGAACCGGGUCACCAUGACCUCGGACCGCUGGAUCUCCAUACGACAUGGGAGCCGAGAGGAGAUCAGCAAACCAGCCAUGGUAACAGUCCUGAACCCUAAAGAUGGUACCAUUUCGUACGCUGGACAGACGAGUGCUGAUUCAGUCCUCAUGAACCCGAGCCAGCCCAUCAUAGCAUUGAAAGCGGGACUGAGGUUUGAAGUGUUCAACCUUGACACCAAGGUGAUGAUGAGCAAGACGCGGUUGCACGAACCCAUCAUGUACUGGACGUGGCUCAACUCGGACGUCAUCGGCAUGGUGACCGACUCCGCUGUCUACCACUGGGACCUCUGGCAAGCUGACAGUCCCCCGGAGAAGAUGUUUCUCCGACACACUCGUCUGAUGUUCAGUGAGAUCGUCAGCUACAAGGCCGACCCUGGUCUCAAAUGGCUUGCUCUUACAGGACUUAUUCCAGAGGAUGAGAAGAUCACAGGCGUGACACAGCUGUACAACGUGGACGAGGACAUCACGCAGUGUAUCAACGCACACACCGUCUGCUUCACAAGAUACAAGUUCGAUGAGAACCCGUCAUCAUCCACAGCUCUGUGUGUUGGGUCACGGGAUGUUCAGGAUAAUGGCAAGGUAUAUGUGAUCGAGCUGGGUCCAUACAAGACAGGGAAUUUCGCGCCGAGGAAUGUGUACCACCAUGUCCAGUACCUGGACGAUUACGACCGAUACGACUUCCCCAUCUCAUUACAGGUGUCCAGUAAGUACGGCCUGCUGUUUAUGAUCACCAAGUAUGGCUACCUGUAUCUGUGUGAUAUGGAGACAGCUAGCUGUCUGUGCUGCACCCGAGUCUCCACUGACAUCAUCUUCGCGUCUGCUCUCAACAAUGAGACACAAGGCAUUCUGGGAGUGACCCGGGGAGGACAGGUCGUUACAAUUGAUCUGAAGAAAGAUGGUUUCAUCUCCUAUCUCAGAAACACAGCCAAGAAAUCCUGUUCCGCAAAACGUCUCGAGAAGGCAAUCUCAACACUGUAGCUGAUUAGCCGACCUGAGGUCAUGUGAUCACAGCUGAAAGCAACAACAUCAACCUCACCCAAGCAGCUGCAAUGUCGUCUACUGCAUCCCUGCACGUUCAUGUUGUCAGCAAGGACGAAACGUUUCGGUCCUGGUGCUGCAUGCUGGGUACAGUUUGUAAAGAAGGUUAAUAUGGAACAAAUAUACCCUGUGAAUCUCUAUAGUAACUAGAUCUACAAAUCGCCAUGGUUACAGCUGCUUGGUACAAAUCAACUCUAGUCCGAAUGUGAUUCGAGGAGAUAUCACAAAAUGUCCAUCAAGGUUAUUGCCUUGGUUCUGGUCAGUGGAAGG